AUGACGGAGUCUGCUUCUGGUCCUUCUGGCGGGCGCGAGCUGGAAUCGCUCGGUGUGAGGUUGAUGGAGCAGGACUCCUUGGAACAGGAGGUUGCGCACGACGCAAACAAGAUGAUUCUGGCUCGGGAGAUCGAGCUGGAUCAAAAACGAUUGCAGAAGGCAAAGGACAGACAAAGCAAGCUCCAGGGACGGCUACGUGGAAUGGAGGUACGGCUGACUAGCUCAGCGACACGGAUCUCUGAAAAGGAGAAACUCAGGGCAGACAUGGACCGGCUGCGACGUGAAGAGUUGGCCCCAUUGCUGAAAGAUAUCCAGGACAUAGAGACUCGUUUGAAGGAGAAUCAGGGAUCGCAGGCGAACGAAAAUAAAACGCCACAGAGCUCGACAGAAAUGCUGCCGGGAGAGACACAGCAGGAGUUUCUGGUGAGAACAGGAAAAGUGACGGCGUUCGGCAGUUCCAAUGCUUUCAUUGAGGAAGACGAGACCAAGCUGAAAAACCACCAGGAGCUGAUUAUUCCCGGAAUCGAGCUCGCUGAGGAGGCAGAGGAGGACGACGACGAAGCAAACUUCCUCAAACGCAAACAGGACGAAAACCUCGACGACGGAAACGAAAGACUCUACAGAGACAGACUCAGGCGAUGGGAGCAGCGACGCCAGGCUCUUCGCACAGAAUUACGACCAGACUACACAGACGACCCGCAGUUGGCAGAAUGGCAGAAACCGCACCCAAACAACGCGGACGCGAUCUUGAACGACGAGUUCCGCGUUCCUGGAGAUAUCUAUCCGUCGUUGUUUGAUUACCAACGAACAGGAGUCCAAUGGCUAUGGGAGCUGUACUCGCAAAAGACAGGGGGAAUCAUUGGCGACGAGAUGGGACUCGGAAAAACCAUCCAGGUGAUUUCUUUCCUUGCAGGACUCCACUACAGCGGCAAACUCACCAAACCAGUGCUGGUUGUGUGUCCUGCUACUGUUCUGAGCCAGUGGUGCAAGGAGUUUCACCGGUGGUGGCCCGCUUUUAGGGUGAUCAUUCUGCACUCGAUCGGCACGGGAAUGACCGGCAAACGCACCGAGGACUUCUCUGACGACGAUGAUGAUGACGUCGACACAGCGUCCUUGCCCACAGACUCGCGCGCUAAAGAGUUGGUGAACUCUGUGCUCCGGUCCGGUCACGUGAUCAUCACCACGUACGUUGGUGUGCGGAUCUACGCCAAGUACCUGUUGCCUGUGCGGUGGAAUUAUGUUGUUUUGGACGAGGGCCACAAGAUCCGGAACCCGGACAGCCAUGUGACGCUUGCGUGCAAGCAACUCAAGACGCCGAACCGGAUCAUUCUAUCGGGCACGCCGAUCCAGAACAACCUGGUGGAGCUGUGGAGUUUAUUCGACUUUGUGUUCCCUGGACGGCUGGGCACGCUGCCUGUUUUCCAGAAACAGUUCUGUGUGCCGAUCAACAUCGGUGGGUAUGCGAAUGCCACCAACGUUCAGGUGCAGACCGGGUACAAGUGUGCUGUUAUAUUGCGCGACCUGAUUUCGCCGUAUCUUCUUCGACGGGUUAAAGCCGACGUUGCCAAGGAUCUGCCCAAGAAAUCGGAGAUGGUUCUGUUUUGCAAGCUGACGAACGUGCAGCGGAAGUUGUAUGAGGAUUUUCUGAACUCUGAGGACAUCAACAAGAUUCUUAGAGGCAAGCGGAACGCAUUGUAUGGAAUCGACAUUUUGCGGAAAAUUUGCAACCAUCCGGACCUUGUUGAUUUAAAGAUUGGCAAACGCGGUUCGCGCACAGCGGAACAACUUCAGGCGCGCGCGGGCAAGUUGCAAGUUGUUCGUGCGCUGCUGGAGGUCUGGUUCAACGAGGGACGCAAGACGUUGGUGUUCACUCAAACUCGUCAGAUGUUGGACGUGUUGCAGGAUUUCAUGGAGGCUCUGAACGCCGAAACAGAGCUCGACUUUUCGUAUUUGCGGAUGGACGGUACCACGCCGAUCUCGCAAAGACAGACGCUUGUGGACAAGUUCAACACGGACCCUAUUUACAACGUGUUUCUUCUCACGACCAGGGUCGGUGGUUUGGGAGUGAAUCUGACGGGAGCCAGUCGCGUGAUCAUUUACGACCCGGACUGGAACCCCUCCACUGACGUGCAGGCACGGGAAAGAGCAUGGAGACUCGGCCAGAAGAAAGACGUGGUGAUCUACCGCCUGAUGAUGGCCGGGUCCAUUGAGGAGAAGAUCUACCAUCGUCAGAUCUUCAAGCAAUUGUUGACCAACAAGAUUCUGAAAGACCCAAAGCAGAAACGGUUUUUCAAGAUGAACGACCUGCACGAGCUGUUCACGCUGGGCGACUCGGAGACAAAGUUCAACAACUCGCGGGUCCCAAAGAAGAACGAGGAUGAUUUCUUGCAGGUUUCGAAUUUGCAGGGAGUUUCCGGGUUGCAAAAGUACGAGGACGGCAACGAUGACGACCACAACGAGGAAAAGGACCUGAUGGCCGGCUUGUUGGGGAAUUCUGCUCUGCAGUCUGCUUUGGAGCACGAAAGCGUUCUGGGUCCGUCCUCGUCACACAGUAUCAUAGACAACGAGGCGUCGCGGAUUGCCAACGAAGCAGUUCGUGCACUAAGAGAGUCGCGCAAACUGGCAAGACAAUCAACAGUGGGCGUUCCAACAUGGACAGGUAAAUUUGGUGCCGCUGGAAAAAGUGUUGCUCCGUUACGCAAGUCGCCGUCGCCUGUGGUUUCAUCAAACUCGAUCCUGGACAACAUCAAGAGACGCAAGGACACGGCUCCAAAACCGAAACUGGAGGACUCGGACCUCAUCGAAAAGCUGAGCAGCUAUAUGGCCGGUCUGGAUGGCUAUUUCAGCACAUCCGCAGCAGUUCUGGAUAAACUCAAAAUCGACGUUUCCAAUGAAAAGACCGUCAAGGUUGUGCGGUCAAUGCUCAAAUCCAUCUGUCGAUGGGAUAAAGAGCGCAAAGGUUGGGUUCUGAACGAAGAGUUCAGAUAA